UAGUUAUGAGUAUAAGUAAUUAUAAGGGAGAGAAGUAGUGAAUGGGAGCAUCACAUUUUCAAAUGGAGUUGGCAAAUUUAGCAAAGUGCUUAUUAUUGGGUUUCAUGAUCCUGUGGAUUCAAAUCCAUAGAAGCAAAGGUUGCUUUGAAGCUGAGAGAUUGGCACUCUUAAAUUUUAAGAAAUUUGUUGUAUCAGAUGGAGCUGAUGCUAAUCAUCUUCUUUCUUCUUGGGUUGAUGAUUCAAUGAGUGACUGUUGUAAAUGGGAGCGUGUCACGUGUAAUUCUACUACAAGUCACGUGAUUGAGCUCUUCCUCAACAAUACACGACAACUUGACAUAGAUAGCGAAUCAUUUUAUUAUGAUGAAUAUAUUUGGUUUAUAAAGUUGUCAAUGUUCCAGCAGUUGAAAGAGCUCAGAAAUCUUAAUUUAUCCUACAAUGGAAUUGGUGGUUUUAUUGAUUAUGAUGAAGGUUUUGAAAGAUUAUCAGAAUUAAAGAAGCUAGAAACCUUGGACCUUAGUUAUAAUAAUUUCAAUGAUAGCAUCUUAUCAUCAUUGGGUGCUCUUACAUCACUUAAGUCUUUGAUUCUUCAUUAUAAUUGGAUGGAAGGUUCCUUCCCUAGCAAAGAAUUAAAUAAUUUGAAAAAUUUGGAAACAUUGGAUCUGAGUCUCAAUUAUUUCAACGGCUCUCUCUCACUUGAAGGUUUUGAAAGAUUAGAAGAUUUGGACAUCAGUUACAAUCGGUUCAAUAAUAGUAUAUUAUCAUCAUUGGGUACUCUUACAUCACUUAGGACUUUGAAAAUUGGAGGGAAUAGCAUGGAAGGUUCCUUACCUAUCCAAGAAUUAAAUAAUCUGAAAAAUUUAGAAAUACUGGAUAUAAGUGGCAAUUGGUUCAACGGUUUCCUCUCACUUGAAGGUUUUGAAAAAUUAGAGGAGUUAGACAUCAGUUUGAAUGGACUUAAUAGUAGUAUUUUAUCAUCAUUGGGUACUCUUACAUCACUUAAGACUUUGAUUUUUCGUGGUAUGCCUGAUACAAAGGCAGGUUCCUUCUCUAUGCAAGGUAUGUUUGAUUUUUGGAAUUGUUUUCUUGGCACUCAUUCUAUUAGAACAUCCAAUUAUCUUGCACUCUAUUGUUUGAUUUAAUUUAAUUUUUAUUUACUCUUGGUUCAAAAUUAAGCAACUUGAAAAUUUGAAAUCCUUAUAUGUAAGUGGUAACAGAUUCAAUGUAUCGUCCUACCAAUAUAAGGCAAACUUUAGAUUUGGGUGAAUUAUAUUUGCAUUUAUAAAUUAAUUAUUUUUAUAAAA